CAUAAUUAAGGGGUCAGAAUGGGAUUUCCCUACCAAUUUUGGCGGGAAAAUUAUGUCAAGGAAGAAGCUAAUAAUCCAUUAAUUAAGAUUGUUGGGUCAAAAAUGGGAAAAGAUGAGAAAACUCAUCUGAGAUUUCCUUUUUUUUUUUUUUUGGGUGAAUCCAUUUGAGAUUUUAUUUAGUGUGUUGGGAUUUCACCCAAACAAUAAACCAACAAAUCCAAAUUGAUUUUCUCAAAAAAUCUAAUGUUUCUCUCCACAGAUUCUCUCUCAUUUUAGAAGACUCAGAUAGUCUCUAUUUGAACUCUGCCCAUUGUCUCUCUUUCCCUCUCCCAUAUUCAUCACCAAAACAAAAACUCAUAUCACUGAUCUCUCCAUUUCUGUCUAUCACUGGUUCAUAGCACGUACGUACUGAGGACAUCAACUUUGUUUUUCGAUAUUUUUCCAGGUAAUUAGCAACCUACAGCAUUUUGAAGCUACACAUAGGAGACGCGUACAUGGGAGGCAACGCUAUGGUCAAGCCAACUGCACUCGUCGUUGACGAUAACAAGCUCAACCGUAUGAUUCACGGGAAGCUCCUCGACGUCCUCGGGAUUAAAAACCGGGCAGUCGAGAAUGGGGAAGAGGCCAUCGAAGUCCACCUCUCAGGAGAGAAAUUCGACCUUAUUCUCAUGGACAGGGAUAUGCCCGUUAUGAAUGGCAUUGAGGCAACAAAGAAAUUGAGAGCAAUGGGGAUUAAGUGCAUGAUUGCUGGGAUCUCAUCACAUUCAAUAGGCCCAGAGAAAGAAGAGUUCAUGGAAGCAGGUCUUGAUGAUUACCAUGAGAAGCCCCUCACCGUUGCCAAACUUCUCUCAUUAGUUAGCAAAAUUAAAAAUUAACUAUGGAAUCAAAGAUAAUUUUUCAUGUUCGUUGUUGUAACAUUUUCAUCCAUAUAACUGUCGUUUUACAAUGAACAAGUAGGCUGAGAUGUAUAAAUAUAUUUGUCAUAUAUAUGCGAGCUAUUUCAACGAAUAAAAAUCUAUAAUAGAGG